AUGUCGUCCUCCUCAUCCGAAUCAUCCUCUUCCAGGACCCCCUCGCCUUCCGGGUCGCAUAUGCGUACCGGCCAGCUCAGCAAUUUUGAUCCCUUCGCCACACAUCCCUUCACGAGCUUCGCUGGUCCUAGCCAGCCCACCACGGCGCAUGGAAGCAGAACGCACAUCCUGCCCCACCCGUCCAUGUUGAACCUUGACGGACACAGCGUUCCUCCGCCAAUCCAUCACCCAGUGGCCACCUAUGCCAACGGGAGGCAGGCGUCUAAAUAUAGCCAGACUGAUGGCGAUGGGUAUCACCACGGCGCUGGACCCGUCUCACCUUCGACUAGCUCCUCGUCCUCCUAUCCACAAUCCAACAUGACUCCUUCGCAGACGUUCAAAUCGAUACAUGUGCCGUUUAGGCAGGACACGUCUUCGCCUGAUCUUUCCGAGGUGUUGCGGAGGAAGAAGAUGGGGUGUUAG